AAAAGUAUAACGAAACUAGUAUGCUAUGGUUGGCAGGCCCAGGCCCCCCAGUAAUGGCGUAUGACGUCGACGGAACUGUGAUUGUGGGUCACAGUCGCACACCCACCCAUCCUUCCUGCCACAACUGCUUGAGGCUCUAGGCUCGGCACGGCUCCAUUUCUGUGUGCGUUGUGUGUCGUGGAGGGGGAUGGCAUGGCUGAGAUUGUAUUGAGGGGGACGUGAGGAUGCGUGUGUAGGAUUGGAAAAAUUGCCUGCCAUACAUCCGACAACCGACAACAACAGCUACAAUGGCGAAAGUAUAAUGAGUGCAAUUUUUGUAAAUGAAAGUAAAAUGAACAUAAAGACAGACGGCCGAGAGAACUGAUAGACGUGUUUUUGCAUUGAGUAAAGUAAGACCGACGAGCAAGUCAAACAGAGGAAGCACGCGCCGGGGUGCAGACGGUGACGGUUUGACUUCGAGUACGAUUUCGGUGAGAGAAUUGAGAGACAAUCAGGAUGAGGUCCACCGGCGUGGCAUUGGAGAACGACGAGGAUGGCGAGGGUGGGCAGGAACAGGACCACCAUGAGGGCGAUCCGCGUCCAUUUCCGUACGACUUUGAACAGGAGUUGAUCAGAAAGUCCAACAGGCAUAUACGCCUCUAUAAUGCCUUCGUACCGGUUAGCAAAGAGUAUAUGCUGACUCGUAAAUUCUACGCCGAGUACGAGCAGCGGAAGCCGGCGAAACCCCUGCGCUUUCUGCGCUACACCCAACCGGAGAGACAGCUGGAGCGGCAGAGGCAGCUGGGCUUGGGGACUCCUCUGCUGGAAUCGCAGAUGUACGGCUGGCUGCCAGUGCAGGGUCAAAAAUGCGCCCUAGAACUAAAUUUCCUGCAUGCCCCAAAAAUGCGCUGCAGCAUGACGAUCCAUGGCGAAAACCUGAUGGCGGAGCGCAUCACCGAGCGUCCUACAUUCAAUGGACUGCGCUUUUUGCUACACUAAACUAAA